UCACGAUGCUGGUAGUUAUCGAUCUUCUCCUUCCUCGUGUACAAGAACGUGUACUCUGAAGGUCUAUGGCACGGACAGUUACCUCUAAUGAGCCACCAGUUCCUACCAUGGUCAGUUUCUAAUACCCCUGGCCGCUUUGGCUCUCUGUUACAACUCUUGAUGUUUUGGUUAGGUUUGUUUCUGGAGUGAUAGAAUCAAGUACAGCAAUAUCAAGGAAGAAGGUUUUAUAAUAGCAUUUUGUAAUCAAACCACUGGCAGUCCAGCUGCGCAUUUCGUGAAAUAAACAGACCUAACUGUAAUUGUGGGGACUAAAAAGCUGUCUCCUUAGCAAGGAAUUGCAGUGCGGCCUUCAGAAAGUAGUCGGCCUUCAUCUUCAAGACAGCAUACUAUCAGUGAUAUCCACUAUGCAAAACCAACUCCGAACAUCUUUUGUGUUUUGGGGCUUAAAAGCCAAAGGAGCCCAGCCCGCGUCUCGGUGUUUCCAGAAUGGACUGUCUAGUUGUGGAUGUGUAAGAGGGUUAUCUUUUAAUAAGAGUCUCCAAUGUAGGGACGCUGCUCAUCAUAGAAAUGCUAGCACUACUGUUCAAGAGAUGGAGUCUAUGGAUUUAAACCCGGAACCCAUUCGAUCCGUCCCUAAACCAUUUUCCUCAAUGCCUUCACCUAAAGGCUUGCCCUACCUGGGUUCUGCUCUAGAGAUUGCUAAAAAUGUUGGAAAGCUGCACCACUUCCACCUGCAGAGAGUUAAGGAUUACGGCCCUGUAUGGCGAGAAAAAGCUGGAGCCAUGGACUUCGUGCAUGUGGCCUGCGCUGAGGGAGUGGAGGACAUCAUUAGAUGUGAAGGAGCUACUCCAUUUCGAAUGCCAAUCGUUCCUCAUACAGAAUACUACAAAGUCAACUCCAGACCCGAGGGUAUCCUUGUAUCCAACGGUCAGCAGUGGCGUCGUAUGCGGAGUGCCCUCGAAAAACCCAUCCUGAAGCCCAGUUUACUGAGUAACCACGUGUCUACUAUGCACACUGUGUCUUCUGAUUUUGUACGGAGAUUGGACGCUUUACGAAAUGACCAUGGUGACAUCACUGACAUCCUGUCAGAGCUCUUCAAGUGGUCUCUUGAAGCUGCCAGCGUGGUUCUUUACAACAGGAGAUUAGGCUGCAUUUCUCUCGAACCCUUGCCAGGUAUUGAGGACUUCAUUCAAGCAGCGACGGUUUUGAAUACACUCAUGGGCGAAUCACUGAUAUACCCAUUGUUUGUUCUAAAGACAUAUAAAAGGAAAUUGUGGACAUCCUUCCAGGAAGCCUUUGAUAAGGUUGUUGCUAUUGCUGAGAAAGAAAUUGACAAGAUACCGGACGACCCUAAAGCGCAUUCUCUUGUCUCUCACAUCAUGUCACAUGGGAAUUUGACGUCAUCGGAGAUGUAUACAAACGUUACAGAGAUAAUGUUGGCGUCAGGAGACACGACCUCUACUUGGGCCCACCACACACUAUGGGAACUAUGUCAUCGUCCGCUAAUACAGGACAAGGUGUACCAAGAGAUUAAGACUGUUGUAGGAGAAGUUGAAGAAGUUUCACACUCAACUCUCGGCCGUCUCAAAUACACGACCGGAUUCUUGAAAGAGAUCCUAAGGUUACAUCCACCGGUCUUCAUGACAGGGCGUGAGCUAGAGAAUGGAGGCGUCAUCUGUGGCUAUCAGGUUCCCCCGGGGACGACCACUGCAGUGCCCCUGUACGCUAUCGGUAGAGACCCGAAUAUCUACAAGGACCCUAUGGAGAUCAAACCAGAACGCUGGAUGAGAACUGCACGUGACAGAGAGGUUACCAAUACGUUUGCUUUUGUUCCUUUUGGCUGGGGACAAAGAAGCUGUAUAGGCAGGAGGAUAGCCACAGCAAACAUGCAGCUAUUGUUGAUUGAGCUCCUUCGGCGAUUCCGACUGACCAGUGUGACUAAAGAGCUGACGCUGGAGACUCGACUCACUCUUACCCCAAAUCCUCCCAUGCAACUGACUCUGACGCCAAGGGAAUAAUCUCUCUUUUUGCACAUGUUACUCUCUUGCCAACAUCAACCUAUGUGCUGUAUAUAUAUAUAAAAGACGUCUAAGUCUCAAGAUGGGCGCUUUCCAAUCUAAGCGAUACCGCCCAGUUGUUGGCGAUUUGGUAACGUUUGCGGGCGGUUGGGAACACCUGGGUAGUGACCGGUGUUAGUCAACCACUUGGUGAUAACAUGAAGGAGGCCGGAACAAAACAGUAAGCCUCCUAGAGCUUGCAAUAGUGGGCUCCGCUUAUAAAAAGGUUGACAACUACCCCUCAUAAUAGAAGGGAGAAGGAGAUUAAGCAGCAAGGGUUCAUGACAAUAAUGCAAGUAAUUAAGAGACACGCGAUAAAGCGAAGCAGUGCGAGAUUUCUGUUCUCUCCUAACGUUCCUUGCAAAAGUAAUUCUAGGCACUCAUUGGCUAACUAGCCACCUAUUAAAUCAUUGUUGGACGAAGAAUGUUGACAUUUUUCUAAAAAUUAUAAUGUAUAUGAGGCUUUUGUGUCAGGGCGGUGAUCAGUACAUCAUCAUCAUCAACAACAACAAUAGAAACAACAAUAAUAACAAUAACAGUAACAACAACAACAAC